AUGGCUUCUCAAUCACUUCCAAAGACCAUGAAGGGUGUCAUCAUCGAGAAAACAGGUGGUGUCGAGGUCCUUCAGUACAAGGCAGACUUGGCUGUGCCAGAGCCGAAAGACGGACAGGUCUUGGUCAAGAACGACUAUGUCGGUAUCAACUACAUUGACACUUACUUCCGCAGUGGAUUGUACCCUGCACCCAGUUACCCGUACAUGCUCGGCAGAGAAGCAGAAGGUACCAUCGUCGCGACCGGCCCCGAUACACCACAUGGCCUCAAGACUGGCGACCGCGUUGUCUAUUUGUCCGAAGCAACCUACGCCGAAUACACUGCCGCUCCCGCAGCCAAAGCCAUCAAGAUUCCGUCUAGCAUCGAGCCUACCGUGGCAUCCGCGGCACUUCUUCAGGGCCUCACAGCUCUGACUCUCAUCCGAGAGGCAUACAAUGUGCAAAAGGGGGAUUGGAUCCUAGUUCAUGCCGCAGCUGGAGGUGUUGGUCUGUGGUUGUGUCAGCUACUUGCCGCAGUUGGCGCGAAGACGAUUGCAACAGCGAGCACACAAGAGAAGCUGGAUCUGGCCAAAAAGGCCGGUGCCCAAGUGCUCAUAAACUACAGCCACGAGGAUGUCAAGGCAAAGGUCGACGAGGUCACCAACAAACAGGGCGUUGCAGCAGUCUUUGACGGUGUUGGUAAGUCGACAUUCGACCUCAGUCUGGACUGUCUGGCUCGCAAAGGAACCAUGGCCAGCUUUGGCAACGCCAGUGGUGCUGUGCCGCCGUUCGCAAUCUCACGACUCGGGGCCAAGAAUGCCAAGGUUCUCCGCCCAACGUUGUUCAAUUACAUCGCGACCAGGGAUGAGUUCGAACAGUAUACCAAUGAGCUCUUUGACUUCAUUGUCAAGGACAAGAUGGAUGUCCGUAUCCACAAGGUGUACGACCUCAAAGAUGUCGCUACUGCGCAUAACGAUAUUGAAGGCCGCAAGACUACCGGCAAGCUUCUGUUGAAGCCCUGA